CAUUUUUUCCUGUUUUAUUCUCUGAUUAUGUGCAGCAUAUCUGCUGAGGAAAUUUUUCAACCAACUCUAGUGCUGGACAUGGCUAAAGUCCUACUGGAUAACUACUGCUAUCCUGAAAACCUAGUGGGAAUGCAAGAAGCCAUUGAACAAGCCAUCAAGAGUGGGGAGAUCCUGGACAUCUCAGAUCCAAAACUGCUGGCCAGCGUCUUGACAGCUGGAGUGCAAGGUGCUCUGAACGAUCCAAGACUGGUGAUUUCCUAUGAGCCAUCACCACAUGAAGCUCCCAAAAAAGAAACUGAGGCUUCCCCCACUCGUGAACAACUCCUGAGUCUUAUUGAGCGUGUGAUUGUGUAUGACAAGCUGGAGGGCAAUGUUGGCUACCUGAGGAUUGAUUAUGUCAUAGGACAGGACGUUGUGCAGAAAGUUGGAGCUUUUCUGGUGGACAAGGUGUGGAAGACGCUGAUAAAUACAUCUGCCCUGGUGAUAGAUCUUCGUCACAGCACUGGAGGACAGAUCUCUGGACUUCCCUUCAUCAUCUCAUACUUGCAUGAAGCAGACAAGAUGCUGCAUGUUGAGACCGUAUACAAUCGGCCCUCCAACACCACCACAGAGAUAUGGACAUUGCCAAAAGUGUUGGGAGAGAGGUACAGCAAAGAAAAGGAUGUCAUUGUUUUGAUCAGCCGCCACACCACAGGAGUGGCUGAAGAUGUGGCUUACAUCCUCAAGCACAUGAACAGAGCUAUCACUGUCGGGGAGAAGACAGCUGGGGGCUCACUGGAUAUCCAGAAGCUGCGUAUUGGCCUCUCUAAUUUUUAUCUAAUGGUUCCUGUAUCACGGUCUGUGAGCCCCUUGAGUGGGGGUGGGCAGAGCUGGGAGGUUAAUGGGGUGAUGCCAUGUGUGGCUACUGAGGCAGAACAAGCCUUACAGAAAUCCUUGGACAUCCUGGCAGUGCGCAGAGCAGUGCCUGGCACCCUAACCCACCUCAUAGACAUAUUAAAGGACUAUUACAGCUUAGUGGAGCGGGUGCCAGUGCUGCUGCGGCACCUCGCCACUUCUGAUUUCUCUUCUGUGCAGUCAGCAGAGGACCUGGCCACCAAGCUCAACACUGAGAUGCAGACCUUAUCCGAGGACCCUCGCCUGUUGGUCCGAGUCAUGAUGCCAGGUGAAACUGCUGCCCCCCCUGCUGAGACGCCAAUUGCAGUGGCAGCCAACUUGCCUGACAAUGAGCAACUGCUGCAUGCCUUGGUGGACACUGUCUUCAAGGUGUCAGUGUUGCCAGGCAAUGUGGGCUACAUGCGCUUCGAUGAGUUUGCUGAUGCCUCUGUGCUUGCUAAACUGGGACCUUACAUCGUAAAAAAAGUGUGGGAGCCCCUCCAAAAUACAGAGAACCUGAUCAUGGACCUACGCUACAACCCUGGGGGCCCUUCCUCCUCUGCUGUGCCUGUGCUACUCUCCUAUUUCCAAGACCCUGCUGUAGGUCCUGUCCAUCUCUUCACAACUUACGACAGGCGCACCAACCACACGCAGGAGCACAACAGCCAGGCAGAACUGCUGGCCCAGCCCUACGGAGCUCAGCGUGGCAUCUACCUGCUCACCAGCCACCACACUGCUACAGCUGCUGAGGAGUUUGCUUACCUCAUGCAGUCCCUGGGCCGCGCCACACUGAUUGGGGAGAUCACAGCAGGCAGCCUCUCACACACCUAUACCUUCCCUCUGCUGCAGCCUGAGCAGGGAAUAACCCGUGGCCUAACUAUCACAGUACCAGUUAUCACCUUCAUUGACAACCAUGGAGAAAGCUGGAUGGGUGGAGGAGUUGUGCCUGAUGCCAUAGUAUUGGCUGAGGACGCGCUGGAGAAGGCUGAAGAGGUGCUAGCUUUUCACAGGAACAUGGGGGUGCUUUUGGAAAGUACUGGGCAACUCCUAGAAGCUCACUAUGCCAUCCCAGAAGUGGCUGGGAAGGCCAGUGCCAUGCUCAGCACCAAACGGGCCCAAGGAGGUUAUCGAUCAGCUGUAGACUUUGAGACCUUGGCUUCCCAGCUUACCAGUGACUUGCAGGAGGCCUCAGGGGACCAUCGGCUUCAUGUUUUCCACAGCCAUGUGGAACCAACAGCAGAAGAACAGCUUCCCAACAUGAUUCCCAGCCCUGAGGAGCUCAGCUAUAUCAUUGAGGCGCUCUUCAAAAUCGAGGUAUUGCCAGGCAACCUGGGCUACCUUCGCUUUGAUAUGAUGGCUGAGGCAGAAACAGUGAAGGCCAUUGGGCCUCAGCUGGUGCAGAUGGUAUGGAACAAGCUGGUUGACACGGAUGCCAUGAUUAUUGACAUGAGGUACAACGCGGGUGGCUACUCCACUGCUGUCCCAAUACUUUGUUCCUACUUCUUUGAGCCUGAGCCUCGGCAACACCUCUACACUGUCUUCGAUCGUAGUACCUCCCGCAGCACGGAGGUAUGGACUCUCCCUCAGGUCACUGGCAAGAGAUAUGGCUCCCUCAAGGACGUCUACAUCCUAACAAGCCAUAUGAGUGGCUCAGCAGCUGAAGCUUUUACUCGCUCUAUGAAGGAUCUACACCGGGCCACAGUUAUUGGUGAGCCCACAGUAGGUGGUUCCCUCUCAGUGGGCAUUUAUCGUGUUGGUAAUAGCUCCCUGUACACCUCCAUCCCCAGCCAAGUGGUGCUCAGCCCAGUCACUGGCAAAGUGUGGAGUGUGUCUGGAGUGGAGCCACAUAUCACCAUCCAAGCCAGUGAAGCCAUGGCUGUAGCCCAGCACAUUGCCAACCUGCGUGCCCAGGUGCCACAGACACUGCAAACUGUAGGUAAGCUUGUGGCAGAUAAUUAUGCCUUUGUGGACAUUGGGGCUGUUAUAGCAUCCAAUCUCACCAAGAAUAUCAACAACGGAAAUUACAAAAGGAUUAAUUCAGAAGAGGAGUUGGCCAGGAAGGUGACUGCCAACUUGCAAGCUCUUUCUGAUGAUGAGCACCUCAAAAUACUCUACAUCCCUGAACACGCCAAGGACAGCAUCCCAGGAAUCAUGCCAAAACAGAUCCCUUCUCCAGAAGUAUUUGAAGAUCUGAUUAAAUUUUCAUUCCACACAAACGUAUUUGAAAACAACAUCGGCUAUCUGAGAUUUGAUAUGUUUGGAGACUGCGAACUUCUAACCCAGGUGUCCAACCUACUGGUAGAGCAUGUUUGGAAGAAAAUUAUUCAUACAGAUGCAUUAAUCAUAGACAUGAGGUACAAUAUUGGAGGCUACACCACUUCAAUACCAAUCCUAUGCUCAUACUUCUUUGAUGAAGGACAACAAAUUCUCCUGGACAAAGUUUACGACAGACCCAGUGACUCAGUAAAGGAAAUAUGGACCCAGCCCCAGCUCAAAGGGGAGAGGUACGGGUCUCAGAAAGGUCUGAUAAUCCUCACCAGUGCUGUGACAUCUGGAGCUGCUGAGGAGUUUGUAUCCAUAAUGAAGAGGCUGGGCAGAGCUCUCAUCAUUGGGGAACAGACGAGUGGUGGCUCCCAUUCCCCACAGACAUACCAAGUAGAUGAUACCAACUUCUACAUCAUCAUCCCCACCUCCAGAUCAGUCAUCUCUGCAGAGAGCACUUCUUGGGAAGGGAAAGGGGUGCCUCCUCACGUGGAAACACCAGCUGUAACAGCACUCAUCAAAGCAAAGGAGAUGCUCAGUGCUCACCUGCACAGCUCUAGAUAGCCCAGCAGGGGCAUGUGCUCCUAGAAAAAAGGUAGGCUGUAAUUUUCAAAGAAGCCUGAGGGACUUAACACUCUCAGGAGCUGAACCAAUAACGGUUUGGGGAGCCCAGAAGAGUAUUUAGCCAUAAUUUAGGUAACUAAUGCAAAAACGAGAUCCCAAAAAUCUCACUGUGUGUGUGUGUGUGUGCAUUUCCAUGUGAGGGAAUGUGCAGGGUAUGGGUGUUUUUCUAUGCGUUAUCUGUCUGGCUUAAUAAAUGAUGGGUUGUUUACUGCACAAGAGCACAGUUCCAACAGGAGAAAUUAUUUUAAGGCCCUUCUGCUACACAGAAUAAUU